CGAGACAGUAUUAAUAAAUGAUGCUCUAUUGCGUUCUGUUAUCACGUGAAGACGCUUUGUAUAGCAACCUCCUAGAAAUAACAUACACUCAGCGGGCGAGCAAUGCCAUGAGAAAUAAGUAAGAGGCAUCAAAUUACCCGAUUGAUCAAAAAUAGAGGGAGGUUGCUCAAAUAUUCGAAGGGCCCAAAAUAUAUGAAAGCAAGGUUGAUUUGGUCCUAACAGCUUCACCUGUUGGCUGCGCAGUGUUAUAUUUUCUGUGAGAGGACCGCUGGCCUCACGCGACGAUGGAGUGCCUUGUGCCUGCCUCUUGGGAGCAUUAACGAGCCGACUGAAGGAACACGCUUUUUUGUAAGAAGAAGCGGCGAUCAUGGCCGAUGCCGCCGAGAGUGGGAAAUCCGAACAGGAUGAUGUCUCGUUUCUACGAACGGAUGACAACAUAUGCCUGACCUGUGUGACGCCCACCUCCAAGGACAGCCAAAAUGUGGAGAGAGUCUGUCUGGGAGCUGAAGGGUUUGGAAACCGGAUGUGCUACCUUGAGAACUUAUCAAGCAAGCAUGUCCCCCCAGAUUUGUCCAUGUGUAUGUUUGUGUUGGAGCAAGCCCUGUCUGUGCGAGCUCUACAGGAGAUGGUCACAUCAACUUCACAGGAUAUGGCCACCCAAUCUGGCCACAGAACCUUGCUUUAUGGACAUGCAGUUCUACUCAAGCAUGCCAACAGCAGUAUGUAUUUAUCCUGUCUCUCAACAAGCUCUUCAAAUGACAAACUAGCCUUUGAUGUGGGCCUCACAGAAACUCCACAAGGUGAAUCCUGCUGGUGGACCAUCCAUCCUGCUUCUAAACAAAGGUCUGAGGGAGAGAAGGUGCGAGUUGGAGAUGAUCUUAUCCUAGUCAGUGUGGCAUCAGAGAGAUAUCUGCACAUUGGCAGUGGCCAGAGUGUGAUAGCCUCGUUCCAGCAGACCUUAUGGACAGUAGCACCAGUUUGCUCAGGUGCCAUCAGGCAGAAAUCUCUUGGUUUUGUCUUUGGUGGCGAUGUGUUGCGUUUAUUCCAUGGCCACAUGGACGAAUGUCUGACCAUUCCUCCCGCUGGCAGUGAAAAUGAAUUCAGUGCUGUCAUGUAUGAAGUGGGGGCUGUUUGCACUCAUGCUCGGUCGCUAUGGCGACUGGAACAUAUACGUACGAAAUGGGCAGGUGGAUUCAUGGGUUGGGCUCACCCUUGUCGAUUUCGUCAUGUCACCUCAGGACGCUAUCUCGGCUUGACGGCAGACAAUCAAGUGACCAUGUUACACAGAGACGAUGCCUCAGAUGAAACUACAGCCUUCUUCCUUAGACAGUCCAAAGAUGACCGCAAGCACUCAGAGGCGCGCGAAGAUGAGGGGAUGGGCACGGCCGACAUCAAAUAUGGCGAUUCCAUUGUUUUUCUGCAACACUGUCAGACGGGGUUGUGGCUUUCCUAUCAAACUUUCGAGACGAAGAAGAAAGGAGUGGGCAGAGUAGAGGAAAAGAAGGCUGUCAUGCUUGUUGAGGGCCACAUGGAUGAUGGCUUGUCUUUUGUUCGAGCUCAAGAGGAGGAGUCUAGAUCGGCAAGAGUUAUCAGGAAAUGCCAGUCCCUGUUUCAUAGAUUCAUCAAGGCUCUAGAUGCCUUGAAAACUGAAGGCCGCAGCAACCCCUCCUGGCAAAGAGUUAACCUCAGUGAGGUCAUCAAAUGUCUUGAAGACCUCAUUGAGUAUUUCGCACAGCCACAGGAAAAUGAAGAACAUGAAGAGAAACAACUAAAACUAAAAGCAUUGAGAAACAGGCAGGAUCUUUUCCAAGAGGAGGGUAUGAUCGCCUUAAUUUUGUCAACCAUUGACAACUUCAGUCGAUUUCACAGCAGACGGCAUUUCGCGAACUACGCUGGUGAGGAAGCUGCCAACACUUAUGAGGACAUUUCUGGUUAUCUUUAUCUGUUACUUGCUGCUAUGAUCCGAGGUAACCGAGCCAACUGUGCCCAGUUUGCAGACUGCAAUCGACUGGACUGGCUGGUGAACAGACUAGAGAGCCAGCAGUCUUCUCAAGGUGUCCUGGAGGUCCUCCACUGUGUACUGAUUGACAGUCCUGAGGCUUUGAAUAUGAUCAAAGAACAACACAUCAGGACCAUUAUCUCACUCAUAGACAAGCAUGGAAGGGACCCAAAGGUUUUGAACGUCCUUUGCUCCCUGUGUGUUGGAAAUGGUGUUGCUGUAAGAUCUAAUCAAAAUCUCAUCUGCGAUAAUCUCCUCCCCACAAGGGAUCUUCUGCUGCAAUCACAACUGGUGGACCAUGUCUCAAGCAUGCACCCCAAUGUAUAUGUGGGCCUCCAGGAAGGGUCUGCCAUGUAUAAAAAGUGGUACUUUGAAAUCGCGGUAGAGUAUGUAGAAACUGUCACUCACCUACACCCUCACAUCAGGGUGGGCUGGGCCAAUACCACAGGCUUUUGUCCAUUCCCAGCAGGGGGUGACCGCUAUGGUGCGAACGGGGUUGGUGAUGACCUGUACUCUUAUGGGUUUGAUGGAGGCAGUUUAUGGACAGCUGGCAAGCCUAAAACUGUGCGUUUGACCAGUCAAUACCUAGUGAAGGGGGACAUCAUUGGUUGUGCUCUAGAUCUCACCAUCCCAAAGAUCUCAUUUACUGUCAAUGGAGUACGAGUCAAGGGCUUCUUCAAGGACUUCAACCUGGAAGGGCUGUUCUACCCUGUUGUCAGUCUCUCUGCCAAAGUCAGCUGCCGUUUCAUGCUUGGGGGAGAACAUGGCCGUCUGAAACACGGGCCGCCAGAAGACCAUGCCCCCAUAUCUGAGGCUCUGCUACCCAGAGAAAAACUCAAGAUCCAGCCUUCCUUCCAUUUUGGCAACAUUCCCAAAGGAGUGUUGUGUGGGCCAUCAGAGAUACAGUCGUAUACUUUUGUUCCCAAUCCUGUGGAUACAUCACAAAUUCAGCUUCCAACUUACAUAGAGAAUGUGAGAGAUCGUCUGGCAGAGAAUAUCCAUGAACUGUGGGCCAUGGGGAAGAUAGAGCAGGGAUGGAUAUCAGGAGAGAUGCGAGAUGAUCAGAGGAAAAUACAUCCUUGUCUAACAACCUUUGAGAGAUUACCUGCAGCUGAGAGAAAAUAUGAUAUAACAUUAGCUUACGAGACUUUGAGAACCUUGCUGGCUCUGGGCUAUCAUAUUACAAUAGCAUCGCCUGAUCAGAUACCAAGAUUGAAAACCCUCAAAUUACCAAACAAUUAUCUCCAGUCCAGUGGCUACAAACCCACCCCUCUGGACCUGUCUGGUAUAGUACUGGAUGAUAGGAUGCAUGACCUGGUGGAGCUGCUGGCAGAGAAUACUCACAAUGUGUGGGCCAGGGACAGGAUCAAACAGGGAUGGACAUAUGGACUGGCAGAGGCCAGGAAGUGGCACAAUGGCUCUGAGGCCUAUGGGAAGACAUGGCAGGCAGGAGAUGUGAUUGGUUGCAUGUUGGACAUCCCAGACAGAACCAUCAGUUUCUCUCUCAAUGGGGAAGCCAUGAUGGAUCCAAUGGGUCAAGAAAUUGCAUUCAAGGAUAUUGAUGUCUCAGAGGGCUAUGUUCCUGUCUUCACGCUGGGCCAGUCUCAGCAAGCCAAGCUCAAUUUUGGUCAGGAUGUGAACUCACUGAAAUAUUUCACCUGCUGUGGUCUUCAGGAAGGCUAUGAACCUUUCUGUGUCAACAUGACUAAGCAGAUGACACUAUGGUACAGCCAAGACAACCCAAUCUUCAUGCCAGUUCCCAAAGAUCAUCACAGGAUAGGUGUCUCUAGAAUGCCUGGGGGGUCCAACACCCCACCAUGCCUGAAAGUGGUCUCCAAAAACUAUGGUACCCUUGAAAAAGUGCAGCUGGAAUUUAUCAAGUUGAAUCUUCCCAUCAAGUGCCAUGAUGAAUUCAGGCCAAGGGAUAAACACCCCUACAAUAUGUAUGCAUCCAGGAUUGAGGCCAAAAUGAACUUUGAGAAUCUCCGCCGUGGACAGAUGGACAUCUCGGAGGAGCAGGGACUGACCAAUGGGUAUAAAGAUGGUGAAAGUGCACACAAAGUCAUCGCAGAUUCAUUGCGGAGACUGCUUUACUCAAGCUCACGGGAAAAUUCUCUAGACAAACGGAACGGGUUAAAAAAUUAUUCCAGUGAAAGUGAUGACAGACGGCAGUCAAAAAUGAGUGAGUCUGCAAGCUCCGGUACUGAAUUACAGCGUGGCUACACAGAGGAUUAUAGCAUAGACGCUGGAGAAAGGAGAAAGGUAUUUGGUGGGUCGAGGGGAGGCAAACCUCACUCCUUGGAUAGUUCUCUUGGGUCCCCUGUUAGUGAUAUGGAGCUAGAAGACAGCAUGCUCACAGUGCCCACAAGCAAAGAAAAAAGCUCAUCUAAAUUUUCACUUUUAGAAAACUUCCAGGAUGCCUCGCGUCAAAUUAGUUCAUUGGAAAAACCAACCAAGAGGUCAAAGUCUCCAUUCAGUUUAUUCAAGAAAUCUCGGUCGAGGGACCCCAGUCCCAGUGAACGAGGAGACAAGAAGAAAGACAAGAAAUCCAGAACUCUUCCUUCAAAAGUUGGCAGAGGGGACUCCAUGGAUGACAGUCUUGUGACCCCCUCAAUCAAUAUCCAGGAACACAGGGAUGACGCAGGCUAUCCUGGACUUUCACUUCAGAAAUCUUUCAGUGAAGUCAGUUAUGGCUCAGAUGCAGAUUCACAAUCAGAAGUGAUGGACCCUGACAUCAAUGUGUCAGAAGUCUUUGACUACUACUAUGGAGUGCGUAUUUUCCCAGGACAAGACCCAUCCCAUGUUUGGGUUGGCUGGGUCACUUCAGGGUAUCACUUCCAUCAGAAGGAAUUUCAAAUGAAGAAAGUGAGAAAUGUUGUUGUAUGCACUCUGGAUGCUGAUUAUCAUUUAAAAACCAGUGUAAGCCGCAAGAAUUGUUACAUGGUGUCUGCUGGCGACUUACAGCAGAGAUAUGGCCAGCAGGAACAGACAGCAGGCUCGAGGAGAGUGUCUCCAGGACUUCUCAUUGGUUCAUUUAUUGACGCUUCAACUGGACUGCUCAGCUUUACUGUGAAUGGCAAGGAAGUGGCAAACAAAUUCCAGGUUGAACCUGGGACGAAGUUGUAUCCAGCUGUCUUUUGUGAACCAACCAACAAUGAAAUGUUCCAGUUUGAACUGGGGAGAACAAAGACAACCCUCCCAUUGUCUGCUGCUCUAUUCCGUGGUGCCAAAGACCUUGUACCUCAGUGUCCAUCACGUCUGGACGUCCAGCUGCUGGUGCCACACCGCUGGUCAAGUGUUCCCAAUAAGUCACUCAAGGUCAACACGCUCAAACUGUCUGAGAUUAGAGGCUGGAGCAUGCUUUGUGAGAGCCCAGUUGCCAUGCUUGGUCUUCAUAUACCAGAAGAAGACAGGAGUCUGGACAUUUUGGAACUGAUAGAGCAUACAGAGGCUCUUAAGUUCCACGUGCAUACAUUAGAACUGUACAGAGCUAUAUGUUCCCAUGGCAACCAUAGAGCAGCAUAUGAACUAACCAAACACGUUGAUGAACGCCAGUUGAUGUACUGCAUACAAAGUGAAUACCUGUCAGGGGCCCUGAGGAUGGGUUUCCAUGAUCUGCUGAUAUCUAUGCAUCUAGAAUCUCAUGCUGUCACAAGGUUGAUGACCCAAAACGAGUUUAUCAUCCCUCUGGUGGCAGAUCCCAAACCAUUGGAUCAAUUUGUUGACAAGGACAAGGAAAAAGAGCGACAGUCUAUUCCCAAACUGGAGCGCAGUGUCUCUAUUCGGCCUCAUUUACAGUUGGAAGGAGAGAGCAAUGUGGGCUCCAUGAAUCUUGGUGUCACAGAAGGCGUCACGCCCCCUGCCCCCAUGGCUGCACCCCCCUUCUACCUGGGAGCACUGAAGGAGCACACCAUGCACUCCCUGGUGAUGGCUGUCAAGACAGGAGGACCCCAUAUCAGGGAUCCCAUUGGAGGCUCGCAGGAAAACUUGUUUGUGCCUCUCUUGCGUCUAAUAGAUCGUCUGCUGGUGAUGGGAAUGUGCACAGAGGAGGACCUCCAUCAGUUGUUUGUGCUCAUAGAUCCACAUACAUUUGACAAGGAAAGAAUUUACACAAGAAGGUGGGGUCUUGGUUUGCAAGGUUUCUGUGCAGAGGGACUGUUGCAGAUGAAAUUAGCAGAGCCUGUCAAAUUGGAGAUGUGUCACCUGCUGAAACACCUGUGUGACUGCCAGCUUCGUAAAAGAAUGGAAUCCAUUAUGUCUUUUGCAACAGACUUCUGUGCAGCUGUUCAAAAUGACCAGAGAGUUAGAUACAACUAUAUCAAGCAGUCAGAUCUUCCACCAGCCAUUGCUGCCAAGAAAACUCGAGAGUUCCGCUGUACCCCUCAAGAGCAGAUGAGGUCCUUGCUGAACUUUAAAAGUGAGGAAGAUGAAGAUGGAGGCAUGGUGUGUCCCUGCAGUGAUGACCUGAAGGAGAUCUUGAAGAACUUUCAUAAUGAACUCCUGGAGCACUGUGCUGUCCCCUCCAGCAAGGAGGAGAAAGAGACUGAGGUUCAGGCUGUGGAGCCCCCACCUGCUUCUUCAUGGCAAGAUAAAAUUCUGCAACUUGUUGCUAAGAAAAGGGAAGAAAAGAAAGCAGAAACAGAUGAGGGCAAAAAGCAGGGAGAAAAACCUGAUGAAAUCUUGGGUUGGUCAGAUGGUGUCCCCCUUACCUCUUUUCACAAAAGACAACUAAAAUGGCAUUACAGAUCUCUGCAGAAUUUGAUUUCCAAUACAAUGAGAAAAUGGGCAGAAGAAGAUUUCAUAACUGACCAGAGCCUGGUGCAAGAGAUGUUUAGCCUGCUCUAUAGACAAUAUGAUGGCAUUGGAGAGGUUCUGAGAGCUAUAUUGAAAACAUACGUAAUAAGUGCUGCCAGCACCCAUGACAUCAACAAUUUGGUGAAGGCUCUUGGGAACAUACGAGCCCUGCUAAAUGUGCAGGUUGCGCCACAGGAAGAAGAGACAUUGAAGAGCAGCAUCAAGGAUCUCCUGGACAACAAGGUGUUUUUCCAGCACCCAGACCUGAUGCGUGCCCUAUAUGUCCACGAGACCGUGAUGCAACUGAUGGUGAAUACGCUGAAUAAACAGCAGCAGCAGCAGGCGGCCGGUGGCGGGGAGGUGAAGAGAGAUGGAGACGUGGAGCAACCAGUGGAUAACUCCACAGACAUGGUGGUGAUGUGUUGCCGUUUCCUCUGCUAUUUUUGCCGCACAAGUCGCCAGAACCAGAGGGCCAUGUUUGACCAUCUCAGCUACCUGCUAGAAAACAGCAGCAUGUUGCUAGCUCAUCCAUCUCUCCGAGGCUCCUGUCCCCUGGAUGUGGCUUACUCCUCUAUGAUGGACAACAAUGAGCUGGCCCUGGCCCUCAGAGAGUCCCACCUGGAGAAGGUGGCCGUCUACCUGUCCAGAGCCGGCGUCCAGUCCAACUCAGAGCUGCUGGCCAAGGGAUACCCAGACAUUGGCUGGGACCCUGUGGAAGGAGAGAGGUUUCUGGACUUCCUGCGCUUCUGUGUGUGGGUGAAUGGUGAAAGUGUGGAAGAGAAUUCCAACCUUGUUGUACGUCUGCUGAUCAGACGUCCAGAAUGCCUGGGGCCUGCACUGAGAGGGGAGGGCGGAGGUCUACUGAAGGCAAUGAAAGAUGGAAUCAGAAUGUCGGAACAGAUCGCUGCCUCUAGGGACAGCAUGUCUUCAGGUUUUCUGGCAGCCAUUAAUGAUGACAAUGACACAGAAUUCUUGAGACAGAGUGAGGAGAAAAACAGGCAUAUAUUUCUAACCCAUGAUGGAGUUAAAUAUGACUUCUCAACUCUGCCACCUGAAGAUGACGAGGAUUAUAUAGACAUGGGAGGAGCCAUCUUGGAUUUCUACUCCGCCUUGGUUGACCUCCUGGGGCGCUGUGCUCCAGAUGCAGAGAUUAUUAAAUCUGGUCGCAGUGAUUCACUGAGAGCACGCGCCAUCUUGAGAAGCUUGGUGUCAGUUGAGGACCUGGAAGGUGUUCUGGGCUUGAAGUUUAUUCUGCCUAUUACAAGUCAGUCUGAUGAUGGUGAGGCUAAGCAGAGCGAGGGCAGUCUUCCCCCAGGGUUGCUCCCCCAGCACAAGUCUGCAGUGGUACAGUUCUUAGAGAGAGUCUAUGGCAUACCAGACCAGUCCACCUUCUUCAGACUCCUGGAGGAUGGCUUCUUGCCUGAUCUCAGAGCUGCUACAACACUGGACACGGCUGCUGCUUCUGACAGUGAUAUGGCUUUGGCGUUGAACAGAUAUCUAUGUAACUCUGUCCUACCACUGCUGACUGCCUAUGCCCACUUCUUUGAUGAUGCUGACCACGUGUCUUCCUUACUGGACUCCACACUGCACACAACAUACAGGCUGUCCAAGUGUCGAUCUCUCACCAAGAACCAGAAAGACCUUGUCACAGAGUUCUUGGUGUCUUUGACUGGUCACUUGAGACCACCCAUGAUGACCAAACUUUUGAGAAAGCUGACUAUUGACUUGCCAGGAUUAAAUGAAAACACAGUGGUACCACUGAGGGUUUUGACCCACCACUAUGAGCGCUGUGGUCGUUACUAUGGCACUGGCGGCUGGGGCAGCUGGGGUGCAGCAACAGAGGAGGAAAAGAAACUCACCAUGAUGCUGUUUACUUUGAUCUUUGAUUCAUUGGCACAGCGGUCAAAGGAAAUCAACUUUUUAUUUUCUACUUUUGAUAGAUGGCAUCGUCCUCUUCUGGGUGAAUGCAUCGCCUCCUUUGCCAGCACAUUCCCAGUGGCAUUCCUGGAGCCCCAGCUGAACAGGUACAAUAAACACUCCAUGUUGUACGGAAUCACAGAGGAGAGGAUAGCUGAACACUCCCUGGAGGCACAAGAUGUCAUGAAGCAGCUAGCAGACAACCUUCCGACUCUGGACAAGAUUGUUGCUGAGAUAGAAGAACUGGCCGAGUCCGGCGGCAAAUAUCAAGAGGCUCCUCACGUCAUUGAGGUCACUCUGCCCAUGCUGUGCAGCUACUUGCCUUUCUGGUGGUCCCAGGGCCCUGAUAAUGUCAACUUGACUGAAGGUCAGGACUAUGGCUCUGACAGAAGAAACAGUUUGCAGUUUGACACCUCUUCCAGCAACCAUGUUACCACGGUAACGGCACAGCUGAUGAAUGCGGUACUGGGAAAUGUGCUGAAGCUGAUUAAGAACAAUGUGGGGACACCUAACGCCCCCUGGAUGAACAGGAUUGCAACACGUACCCAACCAAUUAUUGCUAACUCCACCCUGGAGAUGCUGGAGGAGCACAUGCUCCCCCUGGCAGAGAAAAUCACAGAUAACCGUCACAAGGUGGAGCUCCUGGAGGAACAGUACAAUGCCAUCAAGAGGAACCAGCAGGACAUAGACUCUGAGAUUGAGGAACAGCUACAUGAUGCAAUGCACAUCCUGGUAAGAGAUAUCUAUGCCUUCUUCCCUCUGUUGAUCAAGUAUGUGGACCAGCACAGGUCUCACUGGCUUAGAAACCCCACAGUGGGUGCAGAGAAGCUGUACACAUGUAUUGCUGAAAUCUUCACCUACUGGACCAAGUCACCUUUUUUCAAGAGAGAAGAGCACAACUUUGUCACCCAGAACGAGAUCGACAACAUGGCAUUAAUCAUGCCCAGUCAGCAAGGAAAAUCCCUCCAGGUGGUGCGAGCAGACAGUGGCAACCAGAGUCAGGACCAAGAGAGCACUGUUCCCAAGUCUGGCAGGAAGAAGCACAAGCCAAAGAUGGACAGCUACACCAGCUUGAAUGUGGCCUGUUUGAAGAGGCUUCUACCUAUAGGGUUGAACCUGUUUGGAGGCAGGGAGCAAGAGCUGGUUCAACAGGCAAAGGAUAAGCUGAUACAGAAGGAACCGGAGGGAGACAUUGAGGAGUUUCUCAAGUCCAGUCUGAUGCUGGAAGAUGAGAAUGAAGAGAAUGACAACAAGUGGCAGAAAGUUCUAUACAAGAAGAUUGGCCGCACCAAGUUUGCAGGAGUGGUGGAGAUGACACUGGACCAUGCUGUGGAGAGGGUGAUGUCAAUGGCAAGAGUUCUCCAUGGCUUGCACCUGGUUGAACACCCGCCACCAUCCCAUAAGGGUGCCUGGCGUAAGGUGAUCUCUACCCAGAGGAAGAGAGCAGUCAUGGCAUGCUUUAGAAUGGUGCCACUUCAUAACCUGCCAAGACAUCGUGUGAUCAACCUGUUCAUGAAGGCAUACAAAGAACAGUGGCUGAUAAUGGAAGAUAUUGGUCAAGUCAGACUUAUAGAGGACCUCACACAUUCAGAAGAAGAAGAUAUAGAGAAAAAGGAAGAAGAGGAAGAAGAAAAACCAGAUGCCCUAACACAGUUGGUGACUGCCUUGAGUCGUACUGCCACCACGGAGCAGGAUACACUUCAGGAAAACUUCCUCUACAUGUCCUUUGCACAAAUCAUGAGCAAGAGUUGCAGCGGUGAAGAUGAAGAUGAUGAUGAUGAGAAUGAAGAAGACCCAGGAGCCUCCUUCCAGGAGCAAGAGAUGGAAAAACAGCAGCUUUUGUUUGAACAGUCACGCCUUGCUGACCGUGCAGCCGCAGAGAUGAUGCUUCUUUACAUCAGUGCUAGUAGAGGUGCUUGGACAGAUAUGGUAAUAAACACUAUUGAUCUAGGCAUCUCCUUGCUCCGUGGAGGUAAUGAAGAAAUUCAGUCGCGUAUGCUGACACAUCUGAGAGAAAAGAAAGAUGUCGGAUUCUUCACCUCUAUUGCUGGAAUGAUGCAGAGAUGUAGUGUAUUGGACCUGGAUGCAUUUGAGAGGAACAAUAAGGCUGAGAGCCUGGGUGUUGGCAGUGAGGGGGCAGCAGGUGUCAAGAAUCUCCAUGAUGCUGAGCAGACGUGUAAACUAUUCCGUUUCUUGCAGUUACUGUGUGAAGGGCACAACCUUGAGUUCCAGAACUACCUGAGAACACAGGCUGGGAACAAUACAACAGUCAACAUCAUCAUCUGCACUGUGGAUUAUCUACUUAGAUUACAGGAAUCAAUUAUGGACUUCUACUGGCACUACUCGGGUAAAGAUGUCAUUGAUCCAGCUGGCAAGGACAACUUUGUCCGCGCCAUCAAGGUGGCCAAGCAAGUGUUCAGGACACUCACUGAGUAUAUACAGGGUCCCUGCUCACAGAAUCAGCUGGCCUUGGCACACAGUAGAUUGUGGGAUGCAGUUGGAGGAUUCCUCUAUAUCUUUGCUCACAUGCAGGAUAAGUUGUCCAAGGAUCCAGAACAACUUGAACUCCUCAGAGAAUUUAUGAAACUACAAAAAGAUAUGAUGAUUAUGUUGCUAUCCAUGUUGGAAGGGAAUGUCAUGAAUGGACCCAUUGGAAAACAGAUGGUGGACACUUUAGUGGAGUCGUCUGCCAACGUUGAGAUGAUCCUCAAGUUUUUUGAUAUAUUCUUAAAAAUGAAGGAUAUGACAACUUCAGAGGCUUUCUUGGCAGCAGACAAAAAUGGUGAUGGAGUUUUGUCACCAAGAGAAUUUCGUGACAAUAUGGUGUCACAGAAAAUGUACAAACGGAAUUUGAUACAAACAAAGAUGGAUGGAUAUCUUGCAAAGAAUUCCGUCGAGCUAUGCUGGAUCAAAAGAUGUAUAAAAGGUUUGUCUUGCAGUAGGCACGGGUUGAUGAGUAAAGAGCUGCAGACGGAGCAUGAGAGUGAAAUCAUCCAAUGCUACUGCUGCCAUCUACUGGAGUUUGAUACAAAUAAAGAUGGAGUUGUGUCACCCAAAGAGCUUCGCCAUGCAAUGGAGGCACAUAAAAUCUACUCUUCCGAGGAGAUAGACUACAUCAUGAUGUGUGUGGACACCAAUCAGGACGGCAAAGUGGAUUUCAUGGAGUUCACUGACCGUUUCCACAAUCCAGCCAAAGACAUCGGCUUCAAUGUAGCCGUCCUGUUGACCAACCUUUCAGAGCACAUGCCAAGUGAGCCAAGGUUGGCCAGAUUGAUGGAGAGAGCCAAACCAGUUCUGGAUUACUUUGGCAUGUAUCUGGGCAGGAUUGAGAUUCUGGGCAGCAGUGGCAGAAUUGAGAGAGUCUACUUUGAAAUAAAACAGUCUCAUAUAGACCAGUGGGAGAAGCCACAGAUUAAGGAAUCCAAGCGUUCUUUCCUGCACAGUGUGGUCAAUGAGGGAGGUGACAAAGAGAAGCUAGAGUCCUUUGUUAACUUUUGUGAGGACACCAUUUUUGAGAUGCAACAUGCCACUAGUAUCAGUGCAGAAGAACAGAUGGCGCAAAUGGCAACAGCGGCAGCACUGAGGAAGGAAGCUGGGUUGCCUGAGGAACAGGGGGCUGUGGCUAUAAAUGCUGUGAAAACUGGCUUCUCAAUGCUGAAGGAUGGCAUUUUACUCUUCCUGUCCUUCUUCUCUUGGGCUAAUAUCAAACAUGGUUAUCAAACAGUGAAAGGGAUGACAUUUUCAGAGAUGUUAUUAGCCCUGAUGAAGCUUGGUGCCAAGGCUGUCUUGGCAAUAAUGACACUCAUGUUCCACAUUGUGUGGAUGCUAGGGAAGUGGGUGAUAGCGAUGAUGAUGGGUGACCAAGGUGGCGAUCUGCCCUCCAAGGACGUAUCCCAUAAGGCCCUGCCCUACGCCAGCCCGCUGGCACUGGAAGGAGAGAAGGCCAGACCAGGUCCAGGAAAACAGCUGGGAAGAGAAGCAGAAAUGGCGGGAGAAGACCCUGAGCAGUACAGGGUGUUUGGGCUGGAUAUCCACAGGGAAGAGACAGAUGUUGGAGUCGAAUAUUCUCUGUCCGCUAGCCAGCGCCACCUGGCUCAGACCACCCCAGAGUCCAGUCUGGAUAUGAGUGAGGGAGAGAUGGCUGACCACCUGCAGCCCAAGCAGAACGGGAUCCACGCUGGGGAACCUGCUUAUGGAGGCACACAUGGUGACCAGUAUGAUGCCUUCCACCAGAAGAAACCACCACAUGAUGCUCCAGCAGGUGGUGAACAUGCCAGUGGUGAAGAUGUGACUGACAAACGGAAGCAAGCAAAAGACGAUGAGCUGCCAUACGAGAUCAAAGGAACAGAAUAUGGCAACUUUGUUCUUGGUUGGUUUGCAAGAAAUUUCUACAAUUUCAAGUUUGCUGCCCUGGUGCUGGCCUUCAUCAUCAACUUUGUGCUGUUGUUUUAUCAGGUGGUGAAGGUGCCUAUUGCUGGUGAGGAUGUUGGUAAUGAUAUGGCCGAGGCAGCUGUGAAUGCUACAGAGGGAGAGGAGGGAGGAGAAGAACCCAGUGAGGAGGAGUUUGAGGAGUGGAUCACUAUGGCCAGCACUCUGUACUAUUUGCUGCCUGUGGUCCAGUUGUGUGCACUGGCUCAUACCAUUGUGUCCUUCUCCAUUGCUAUUGCAUACUACUGCUUAAAGGUACCACUAGUUAUCUUCAAACGUGAAAAAGAGAUUGCUCGCAAGUUGGAAUUUGAAGGCAUGUGGAUAGCAGAACAACCCAGUGAGGAUGACAUCAAGAGCCACUGGGAUAAACUGGUGUUAAGCACAGCCUCCUUUCCAGAGAGCUACUGGGACAAGUUCGUGAAGAAGAAGGUCCGCAAUAAGUACUGUGAACAGUUUGACUUUGACGAGAUCAGCAACCUGCUGGGGAUGGAGAAAGGCUCCACAAUUCCUGGCAAAGAUGCUCACCAGGAGCAGCCCAAGUCCCGCUUCCUGCCACAUUUUCUACAAGGUGUUGACUGGCAGUAUCACAUUUGGAAGUGGGGGGUCAUUUUUACUGACAAUUCUUUCUUAUAUCUGCUGUGUUUCUGCCUGUUCUCCGUCCUUGGGAAUUUUAACUAUUUCUUCUUUGCCGCCCAUCUGUUGGAUUUAGCCAUUGGCAUUAAGGCCCUCAGCACCAUCCUGCAGUCAGUAACUCACAAUGGAAAGCAGUUGGUGCUCACGGUGAUGUUGACUAUCGUGGUUGUGUAUGUGUAUACUGUGAUAGCUUUCAACUUCUUCCGUCAAUUCUACGCGAAAGAAGAAGAUGGAGAAAAGGAUUACAAGUGUCAGGACAUGUUGACGUGUUUCAUCUUCCACUUGUAUGUGGGGGUCCGUGCUGGGGGUGGCAUUGGUGAUGAGAUCGAGGCCCCAGAUGGCGACCCAUACGAAGUGUACCGUAUCCUGUUUGACAUCACUUUCUUCUUCUUUGUUAUUGUCAUUCUGCUGGCUAUCAUGCAGGGUUUGAUCAUUGAUGCCUUUGGUGAGUUGAGAGACCAGUUGGAACAGGUCAAGGAAGAUAUGGAGUCCAAGUGCUUCAUAUGUGGGAUUGGUAAAGAAUACUUUGACAAGGUGCCCCAUGGUUUUGAACAGCAUGUCAUGAAUGAGCAUAACUUUGCCAACUAUAUGUUCUUCUUGAUGCACUUGAUCAAUAAACCUGAUACAGAAUACACUGGCCAGGAGUCCUAUGUGUGGGAGCUGUAUAACCAGAGAUGUUGGGACUUCUUCCCUGUUGGUGACUGCUUCAGGAAACAGUACGAGGAUGAACCCCAAGGAAGCUGAUGAAAAACAAAAAUUUAUUGAGAUUGAUAAGUUUUUAGACAUAUGGGCAUAUCAGUCUUGAGGAUGAAACAAGUUUCCUCAUAUUGAUGGAUUUUGAUUUGUAAUAUGCAUCUUUCACAUUGUCACAAGCACUUGACAUGUGAUUGGGGCAACUAAAAAUUUUGUUUUUACAGUCAUCACAGAAAUUCAAGGAUAUCAACACAUGCAGGCGUGAACUUGGACCCAAGAGGGAUUAAAAAACGAAAAAAAAAAGAGCAAGACUUUAGCACAUUAAACAGUUCAAUGUCAAUUAUCAUGUAUGGAUUAACAUUUUAGCAUUACAUGAGCUGUCUAGAAAAGUGAUGAUCCCUGCAAUUUAAUGAAGUGCAAUGGUGUAUAGAAGCAACAUUUUGAUUGAUGUGUGUAGCCUUGUUAUUGACUUUGUUCAGACUGAAACCAGUCUACCAUUUCUACUUGGAUUUCUAGAAUUGUGUAGGUGCUGGACAAUGCUCAUUUCCUUCUUCUAGUGACGGCGAUGAUGAUCCAAGCUAAUUUUAAAGUGAUGAAAAUUACUAUUGGAACAUUUAUUUAAUUUGAAUUCGAAAAGCAGAGGGAAAAGUGAAGUUUACUCACAUACAUUUUUUUUUGUUAUCAGAUGCAUGUAAUAUGCAUAUGACUCCCUAGCAUAUUACUAGACCUGAGAUUGUGAAAACUUUCCCUUUAUUAACUGAAUAAUUAAAUAUCACCCUAAGAGUAGAUUU